AUGCAGACCAUCAAAUGCGUUGUUGUCGGAGACGGCGCCGUCGGCAAGACAUGCCUCCUGAUCUCGUACACCACCAAUGCGUUCCCAGGGGAGUACAUCCCUACCGUCUUCGACAACUACUCGGCGAACGUCAUGGUCGAUGGCAAGCCCGUCAGCCUUGGUCUGUGGGAUACUGCGGGGCAGGAGGACUACGACCGACUGCGGCCACUGUCGUACCCGCAAACCGACGUCUUCCUCAUCUGCUUUUCGCUGGUGAGCCCGCCCAGCUUUGAAAACGUCCGCACCAAGUGGUGGCCCGAGAUCAGCCACCAUGCGCCCAACAUCCCCAUGAUCCUCGUCGGCACCAAGCUCGAUCUGCGCGAGGACCCCGAGACGAUUGCCAAACUGCGGGACCGAAGGAUGCAGCCCAUCUCAUACGCCCAGGGCAACCAGAUGGCGCGCGACAUUGGCGGGACAAAGUACCUCGAAUGCUCCGCCCUCACGCAAAAGGGCCUCAAGGGCGUUUUUGACGAGGCCAUCCGGAGUGUCUUGGCGCCGGCACCCGUCAAGUCCAAGAAGAAGAACAACUGCAUGAUUCUCUGA